GGCGUUUUCUUUUAUUGUUCAUUUACUAUAAAUCUGCAGACUUUACUUAGGAAGACUUUUAUGCCAACUUUCAUUUAACUAGGAAAAAAAGAAGGAAGGUCCCGAUGCUGUGACGAAUAAGGCAAUCUUUAUGGCUACAAGAAAGAGGAAACCUGGUCGAGUAUACAAGGACUCAUAUGAAGAUACGAUUAGGAAAAUAGCUGAAAUGGAAAGAAUAGAAACUCAAGAAAGCGAAGAUGGAAGUCAAUCAGUUGAUGCAUUUUCCACAGUUAUGGGACCUGAUCAUCCGGGCCAUGUAAGAUUGUAUGGGCGUGGGGUUACCAAAACUGUCUUGAAAGGGAAAGCGGGAGAUUCUGGACCCUCUUUAAAUGGUACUGAUGAACUGAUGAAGCAAAAAAUGGAGGAUAUGGAAGGGAGGAUGCAAAAAAUGCAGGAAAAAUUCGAUGCACAAACGGAGGUUAUGGAACAAGGUAUUACAAUGAACGUCAUCGCACAACUUCAGCGUCUAAACCCAGAGUUAGUACUUGAUCCUAGCAUGCUAAGAUUCAAUUUUCGUUCGCGAGGAGAAGCUGCUAGUAGUAACAACCAAGGUGUUGAAAAUGAAGAAAUGGAAGGUGAUGAUCGGAGUGAAGACUUCUAAGUCGCUGCUGAAACUUUUAGAUAUUUUGGGAAUGAUCUUUUGCUAGAUGUUUUAGGAAUUAUCUUUUGCUAGAUAUUUUAGGAAUGAUCUUUUGCUAUCAAACAAUUUAAAACUUACACCAACUCUCUUGAAAUGCAUGUAAACUUAAUUAUGCAUAUUUGGGUUUUAACAUUUUGCUUUUAUGGAUAUUACUAGCUUG